GCAACGCUGACUGGCAAAUAAGACAAGAACAACAAAAACAGCAACAAUGUCCAAUUGGCGUGAACUAUUUCCAACCAAAUUAACUUUCAUAAUUUUCCUGCUGUACAUGUCAUUGUUUAUUGGACAAGGCAUAUUUGUCACAGCAUCACAGGAAUCUAAUAAUUCGUAUAGUUAUAAUACGGUGACCGUUGUGCUGCUCACCGAAAUCCUUAAGCUAAUUGUCUCCGCUUGCCUCUACUGCAGGGAAAACAAUCUACGCUCGCUGCUCCACGAUGUGCACAAAGAUCGCAAGGUGCUAGCGCUUUAUAUGGUGCCUGCAUUUCUUUAUUGCCUCUACAAUAAUCUCGCGUUUGUGAAUCUCGCCACCUUCGAUCCGACCACAUAUUAUCUGCUACUGCAGCUGCGUGUCGUUGUCACCGGCGUCCUCUUUCAAAUCAUCUUCAAGAAGUAUCUGUCGCGUCGCCAAUGGAUCUCACUUUUGCUGCUGACGCUCGGUUGCAUGCUGAAGCAGGUAGACUUGAAUAGCUUCUACAGCGAUGCGAAUGACGAUAGCGAAGCUGCAGCACUUCAAGCAGGUGGCGGCGACACUGCGGCUGCCACAACUAAAGCUGUGGCCAAAAAUAUGACCGGCUUUGAUUUUAGUAUCAGUGCGGUGUUCAUCUUGGCGCAGACGAUCUUUUCAUGCUUAGCGGGUGUCUACAAUGAGUACCUGCUAAAGGACAAAGGCGCUGAUGUCAAUAUCUUUGUGCAGAACGUGUUUAUGUAUCUGGAUUCGAUUGUCUGCAAUGCAGUUAUACUGUUAUUCCGUGGAGAACUUUUCAAUGCAUUUAGUGGCCACAAUUUGGGAAGCAUUAUGCGCUUCAGUGUGAUCAUUAUAAUUGUGAACAAUGCGGCCAUUGGUAUUGUGACGAGUUUCUUUCUAAAGUACAUGAACUCGAUUCUCAAAACAUUCGCCAGCGCCUUGGAACUCCUUUUCACGGCUGUGCUCUGCUAUUUCCUGUUCGCCAUACCCAUCUAUAUGAAUACGGCGCUAGCAAUUGCCGUAGUCUCGUAUGCCAUAUAUUUGUAUACGCAGAGUCCGGUUGUGAAUCUGGGCAAAGUACGUCCGCUGACGCAACUGAGUGAGGCUACAACGAAUCCCAAGGAGAGAGAAGACAAGCGAAAGCUCUUGGAUGAGCAGCAGGAUGAGACGGACUUAGAGAUGGAUAAUAUAGUUUAACAAUAACGCAAUCUUCUCAUAGUGUAAAUAGGUCGCUACUGAAUAGUCACUGCCCUUUGUAAGUGUUGCAGUGCAGUCACUGCCUUUUUCUAGAGUGUUGCAGUGCAGCAAAGUGCCUAAACAUUUGUUUUAAACGAAAAGCGAGCGUGCAAUCUUUGUAUGUAUGAGCAUAUGUGUAUGUGUAUAUAGCGUUUCCGUUUUAGAUAAUAAUUCAACAUGUACUACAUAAAUAAACAUAACACACUUUCAAAAAUUGACUU